AUGGACAGCAAAGCCGCCUUCCUCGCCUUGCUGCUGCUCCUCGGGACCCUCCGCGCCGCCGACGGUAAGUGCUGGACGGCAAGCCGCCCUCCGCCCCGUCGGGGGCCGACGGGAGCGCGCGCCCUCCGCUUGAACUCCAGCGCCGUCGCGGGGAGGCCAGUCCCGGCCGAGGGCGCAAAGCAGACAAAAGCAGGAGAGAGGAGCGGAGGCGGCUGGAUCCCCAGCCCAGGGCUGUCGGGGCUCCUCGCAGGUGUCUCUGGGGCUGCUCCGUCGGGGGGCACAGAAGCGGGAGGCAGGGAGGGUGUCAGUGGCGGAUUCCUGUUCCAGAGCAGCGAGCGGGGUGAUCCAUUUUGCGAUGGAUCCCAACGUUCAGUAAGGCCUGGGGUUUGCCCAUUUACCCGUCCGUUGCUCUGCCGUCAAAUGCGGGCUUUUUCUAUACCCCCCCACCCCCCGUUUUGUAGCCGAAGGCAGAGCGAAGUCCGAUGGGCGGCAGGCAGCUCCUAAACCCGCUUUUGCGCCCCUUUCCCCUCGAAAGUAGCAAACGCGGCGGGACUGUCGAAGUUUCCCCAUAGAUGCUGCAAACGGCUUGUCAGUCCAGAAUGAGGAAUGCGAAGGAAACGGAGAGGGGGGUCCCGCGGGAAAGUUGAUAUGCACGACUCUCCCCAACCCACUUGUUCCCGAGUAAAACCGCUCAAAAGACUACGGCGUGGUUCCCAAAGAGGAUGCAGGGACUUGUAGGGUCAGCCUUGUUCCUCACUCGCCUUCUCUCCAGCGUAGAGGGAGCGCCGAGCUCCGCUUUCCCCCGCCGUCGAAGGGCUGAAUCUUUGCCCUCGGGCGCUUCUUGUGCGCGAAGAGAGAGAGAGUUGGGUUUUCUUUUCUCCGCGUCCCCGUUUUCUCCCGCACCCUGGUAGCCCCUCUCUGGACUUCGACGCCACCGCCAGCGGACCGGUUGCCUGGGAUCAGGCGCCUCGACGGCGGGGCUGCUGCGCGAAGCCCCCUUCCCUUCUCUUCCGCGCAAAGAGGAGGCCCUUUUUCUCCGGGAGGUGGAAAGGCCGAGCCCUGCGCACCUGCGCCUUCAUCCAGCAAAGCCGGGGAACCGACGGGGUAGGCGGCCGCACGACCCUUGCAUCUCUCUCCACCCGAAGCUGCUCUCCCCUCCCGGGCUGCACAGUCGCCUACGAGACCCGCAGCCCAGUCCAGGCAGUGAUGCCAAAUUUGGACACUUGCACCCACGUCGGGGGUUGCAGCCCGUUUGCAGCUUAUGCUAUAAAUUCCUUCCACGCUCCCUCCUGCAAUCUGAGGCUGCUUACAAGCUUCUGAGCUCAAUGCAAGCUCAUUUCUCCCCCUCAAAUAAUUCUUGGCACCGUUAAGGGCUGCUGGGAAUUGUAGCUCUAUGAAGGGUAAACGAGGUGCUCAAAAUCCUUUGAAUCAACGAAAUUCACCCAGGUGAUGGCUGCAUCAGCAUCUCUUGAGCAUCCUGGUUUCUGCUCCGAAUGAUGGAGCCUAAUCUCUUGCUCUGCUUGACUGUUCCCGCUGCUCUUUUGGUUUGAGAAAUACCCAAAUUUUACAGGUUAAUUUAUAUUCAGUAGCUUCUUGCAGCUUCUUGGGGACAGAUCACCCGUUGGUGCCCUCACCUGCUGCUACCCAGGGACUGAGGAGCUUGCCAUGAUUUCCUUUUGGAGAUACUACUCCUCCUCUCCAUGCAAGCUAAGGCUUUGCAGCUCAGGAAAAACACAGGCAAAAGCUGCUUUUGCCUUCUUCCUUCGCCUUUGUUCUUGCAUACCUGGCCAGCUCUUGGGGAAAGAGGGAACCCCUACCGCAAGGGACAGUCAGCUGGAGAGUCUCCUUGCUUUGCUUUCAACCAAGCUGCAUUGGGGGGGGGGUUUCCUGGGGGUUCCUGGGGGACGUUGGACUGGAUGACCGUUGGGCCCCUCCCCACUCUGCAAUUCUAGGAUUCUAGAAGAGUCAGUAAAGGCAGAGCUGGGCAGGAGGUGUGGAGCCCUGACUGAGUCCCUCAUCCUUUGUCACCUGAAGCCACAAUAUCCUCAGUUGGAAAAGUUAGGGGGACAAACCGAGAUCGCGGACCCAAGGCUUUUAAGCCCAGUUCAGGAUUACCCUUGUUGGAUUUCUUCCCCGGGGCGGCUUACAACAAUGCAGAAAGGCAAUACAGUGGUACCUCGGGUUACAUAUGCUUCAGGUUACAGACGCUUCAGGUUGCAGACUCCGCUAACCCAGAAAUAGUACCUCGGGUUAAGAACUUUGCUUCAGGAUGAGAACAGAAAUCGGGCAGCGGCAGUGCGGCGGCAGCGGGAGGCCCCAUUAGUUAAAGUGGUGCUUCAGGUUAAGAACAGUUUCAGGUUAAGAACGGACCUGCGGAACAAAUUAAGUACUUAACCAGAGGUACCACUGUACUAAAAAAACCAGCUUAGAAAUUUGCAGCCAUGCAAUUUAAAGGGCACCGGGGGGGGGCGGGGGUUCCUGCAUUUAAGCUGAAGAUGGUUAGAAUUCCCCUGGCAUCCUGGAUCUCGAACACAGGCAAGAUUCAGCUAAGCAUGUGCAAAGGAUAUACUCCUUCAAACCUGCAGCUGAGUGCCAAAGUCUGUGCCCGCAAUUGCGGGGAGGGGGUGUUGCGGGCAGGGCCAGCCAGAUUAGCUCCCCGUUUUUUCUGCAUCCUCAGGUGAAAGCCUCACUAGAGAGGCAACUACAGACGUUUGUUUGGUCUGUGCAACUUCAUUUUUUAAAAUCGAUUUUCAUUGCAUUUUAAAAAUUACAGAUAUACACCAUUUUUUCUUCUUUGUUUACGUACAUCAUCUACUUACUCUGCUAAUGUUGUGCAUUUCCAUGCUACGAUUAAUUGACUUCCCUCUACCUCUUUGCAGCUUCAUCAUCACUCUUUAUUUCAUUUUCCUUUGUACUGCGUUUUGGUAUACUUUCAACCUUCUCUUUAUGGAAGAUAUCUCAUCUAGCUGUCUUUCAUUGGUCUGUGCAGCUUCAGAAUCACAUGAUGGAGUAGCCCUCUAUACUUGCCCUCCCCAAACCCUCACAUUGUGCGCUAAGUUACGUGUCACUGAUGCAGAACAUUUGUGAAUGGAUCCCCUGAUGUUUUUUUGCUAACAGCAGAUGCAGGAAGGUAUGUGGUGUCCUAAUUUGGACUCGGGAUCUAGGACCGGGAAAAGAGGGUCUCAUGCUUUCUGCGACCAGAGCUUUGUCUCUGGUCAAAAUCCCCCAACACCAAGCUAUUGGGCAUGCAGAAAAGGACAAAUACAUGCACAGGAUGAGUUCCUCCCUUGUUUUCCUCUCUACUGUUAACUGAGAAGAGGAUUAACCAGCGGUGGUGUUUAUUUUCAGAUAUACCAGUCUGCAGGGACAGUUAUUUAUUUACUAAAGGACUGGGAACAUUAAAAACCCGUUUGUACACAGUAAUACAUACUGUAAAAUGGAGAUGAGCAAAUCUGAGGCUUUGUUUCUAACCCAAGAUCCUUUUGGUGCAAAAGAAAUUGAAUUUUAAGACUUCUGAGCUCAGGGACUUGUCAUUCAUGUACACAACACUGAAUACUUCCUUCCAUACAAAAAAACAAAACUGCUUCUGGUUAUCUCAACACUUCACUAGUACAGUGAGUGGAGUCACUCUCGAACCUUUGAGAAGUGGGGACCUGAAGCCUUGCCGGCCUGAAAAUCAUUCAGAGAUUUGCCAGUACAAUCUGAUUUACUGUCGUAAAUUUACUGUUGUUAAUCAGAUAGGUUGUAGGUCUUAAUCUGGAAAAAUCACCCUUCUUGCCCCCCUGAGGGCAGAGUUUUCCCUGCAAGAAUUGUUGGGAGUUUUACAAUCCUGUCCUGGGCAAGAAAAGGUAUAACCCUAGGGACUUUACAACAGGCAACCAUUGGCAUGUGAUAUGUAGAAUUUGUAAAUUGUUAUAUGUAAAUUGCAGAUUGUUAAAACACACACACACACACCAGUUUCUAAGAAGUAGGUGGGCGAACACAAAUGCAGAAUAAAUAAAUAAUUGACUGGCAGACCCACUAGCUGAACAUUUUCCCAGACACAAUAAUAAAUCAACUUUUUUUUGUCUUGGGGGAACUAGGAAAAUAAUAAUCAUAAAUGGGCAGAAUGACCACUUAUUCGUGGGAAAAAGAGGCCCAGUGGAUUCUAAAUGUAAAGAAUUCAGUUCCUAAAUGAGUGUUUGGAAUUGCAGUUACUUUUGAAAGGGACUGCAUGAUCACUCAUCGGGGAGGUGGAAAUACCUGACUGUAGGAGAGUGGAAGUAAUAAAAUACAGACUUUUUUUUUAACAGCAUUAGCCUGGUUUUUGAGCACCUGUCACCUUAGGGCUAUAGAGGGAGAAGGUAACACACACCUUGAGAAGCGGCAAACAAGGGUGAAUUUGCUGGGAUUUUGUUUUGUUCUUAGGGGAUUUAAAUAGCAUUUCCACAGAUGCUGACUAUUGCUUUCCGUGAAGGUUCUGUCAGCUGUCUGAUAGUCUUGUCAUACCCAAGAGUUGAGUUUCCUGUGUUUUGAAAAUUACUUGGAAGAAACCUGUGCUGUUGAUUGUGUUCAAGAACCACUUUGAGGAUUUUUUUUUUUUAAUGAUCAAGCAGUGCAUAAUUUUUUGGAAAUAAAUAAAAAGAACGCAAACGCACAUUCAGGAAUCGUUGUGUUGAAUAUGUAUUGCUAACAAUGGGAGAGGUGGUUUUCAUGCGCUCCUUCUCCUGACUCCUAGGCAGUUCUGGAGGAUCUUUUGGAGCAAAUUCAGUGGGGGGGAUCAGCAGAAAUUAUCAUCUCCUUUCUCCCCACACCUUUGGAUUUGCAUCUGGCUAGAAGAGUGGUCGUGGGAUGCGGGUGGCGCUGUGAGUUAAACCACAGAGCCUAGGACUUGUUGAUCAGAAGGUCGGCAGUUCGAAUCCCUGCAACGGGGUGAGCUCCCAUUGCUCGGUCCCUGCUCCUGCCAACCUAGCAGUUCGAAAGCACGUCAAGUGCAAGUAGAUAAAUAGGUACUGCUCCGGCGGGAAGGUAAAUGGCGUUUCCGUGCGCUGCUCUGGUUCGCCAGAAGCGGCUUAGUCAUGCUGGCCACAUGACCCGGAAGCUGUACACCGGCUCCCUCGGCCAGUAAAGCGAGAUGAGAGCCACAACCCCAGAGUCGGUCAUGACUGGACCUAAUGGUCAGGGGUCCCUUUACCUAAAAGAGUGGCCAUCAAUUACUUGAAUUACGCUUUACUGUGAGACCUGGCACCCCACAAUUACCAUAGGAUUAUUCCACAGUUGCAAAAGCAACUGGACUUGGAAGAGUCACAUCUGGGCCAGUCCUUGGGUAGCCCAAAGGGUUCGGCUACCUUCUCCCUCUCUCUGCUUGCAAUCCCUGGGGUUAUUGGGGGGGGUGUUGUUUGGCUUUGCAGAGCCGAGGGCCUCCUUUCUUCUCCUGUCUGCCUUUGCGUUUGGCCUCAGGUCAAAUCCUUUGGCAGGAAUAACAUUGAAGGGGCCAAGGGCUUUUCAUUUGCAGCCUUUAUCUUGCUUAAUUGCCCCCAGCCACUUGGGACAAUUAGCUGGCUCCUUUUUUAAAGAAAGAAAAGCGCUUCUCCAUUUCUGAGGUUCCAGUUUCGCGCCCCAUUUCGCCUUCUAAAACCCACAAACACAGGGAUUAAAAGCUGAAAUGAGAACUGAAGAGGCUGGGACCCCUGCAGCUUGGCAAAAGUGUUAAAAACGCCAGGAAGAAGUCUUCCCUCCUCUCCUCCCCUUAAAUCUUGUAAUCUGCACUGCUAGGUGGUAUUGGUGUCAGCCCAGGGCAUCUAAAUCCUUUCCUUUAUGCCACCCUCCAGGGAAGCCCAUCAGCCUGACUUACCGCUGCCCAUGCAGAUAUUUUGAGAGCAAUGUAGCGAAAUCCCAUGUGAAGCACCUCAAGAUCUUGACUGUCCCCGGCUGUUCUCUGCAGAUCAUGUAAGUUUGCACCCCCUUUUCCCCCUAUUGCACGCUGUUGCCUCUGGAACAAGUACUGCUAGUACAGGAUAAAUGCCUUCUUCUCUCUCUCUCUCUCUCUCUCUCUCUCUCGUAAACUUUUUUUUAAAAAUAUAUAUAUUCUUUAUUGACAUAAAAAGUACAAAAUCACAAUGCACAGAGUAAGCCAAAACACAGAAAAGAAUGGGAAACAAGAAAUAGUACCAAUGUAGAAAACAAAACAAAAGGGACGCGGGUGGCGCUGUGGGUUAAACCACAGAGCCUAGGACUUGCCGAUCAGAAGGUCGGCGGUUCGAAUCCCCGUGACGGGGUGAGCUCCUGUUGCUCGGUCCCAGCUCCUGCCAACCUAGCAGUUUGAAAGCACGUCAAAGUGCAAAAUGGAGUGCUUUCAGAAGUGGCAGAGAGACAUUUCGAAGUUUGUCUGGCAGGGCAAAAAGCCCAGAAUUAAGUUUAAGAUACUAACUGAUGCAAAACAAAGAGGGGGCUUUGCCCUGCCGGACUUAAAGUUGUAUUACGAAGCCGCAGCGUUCUGCUGGCUAAAAGACUGGCUACUUCUUGAAGACACUGAUGUGUUAGAUUUGGAAGGGUUUAACAAUGUUUUUGGAUGGCAUGCAUAUUUAUGGUAUGACAAAGUUAAAGCAAAUAAGGCCUUUAAGAACCAUAUUGUUAGAAAAUCACUGUUUAAUGUCUGGACAAAAUAUAAAGACUUGCUGGAAAAUAAAACACCAAGGUGGCUUUCACCUUUGGAAGCUAAGGCCGAAAAGACCCAAUAUGGAGGCCAAAUGGCCAAAAUAUUGGGAAAUAUUAGAAAAAGAUGGAGACAAUUGGAAACUGCAGAGUUUGGAGAAAAUGAAAGACAAAGUGCGAGAUUGGUUACAUUAUGCUCAGAUUAAAGAAGUUUUUAAAAAUGAUAAGAAACUAGGGUUCCAGGUGGAGAAAUCGAAAUUAGAAACAGAAUUGUUAGAACCAAAGACUAAGAUACUUUCAAGGAUGUAUAACUUGCUGUUGGAAUGGAAUACACAAGAUGAAAUGGUUAAAUCGGCUAUGAUAAGGUGGGCACAGGAUAUUGGGCAUAAUAUUAUGUUUGAGGACUGGGAAAGGUUGUGGAGUAAUGGAUUGAAAUUUACUGCAUGUAAUGCUUUGAAAGAAAAUGUAAUGAAAAUGAUUUAUAGAUGGUAUAUGACCCCAGUCAAACUCGCAAAAAUUUACCACCUGUCUGAUAACAAGUGCUGGAAAUGUAAAGAGUGUGAAGGAACGUUCUUUCACCUCUGGUGGACCUGCCCUAAAGUGAAGGCGUUCUGGGAAAUGAUUUAUAAUGAAUUGAAAAGGUAUUUAAAUAUACUUUCACUAAGAAACCAGAGGCUUUCCUUUUGGGUAUUGUCAGCCAAGGGGUGGCAAAGAAGGACCAGACAUUUUUAUGUAUGCAACAACAGCAGCAAGGAUACUACUCGCAAAAAAAUUGGAAAACUCAAGAUAUACCCACACUGGAAGAAUGGCAGAUGCAACUGAUAGACUAUAUGCAACUGGCUGAAAUGACUGGCAGAAUCCGUGACAUGGGAGAAGAGAGAAUCGAGGAGGAUUGGAAGAAAUUUAAGAACUAUCUACAAAAACAUUGUGAUUUGACUGAAUGCUGAAUAAGAUGCUAGACUAAAUAACUGAGCACCACUUAACUUAGAAGUUUUUAAGAAAAUAAGAAAACUGUGAAAGUUUAACUCUUUAUGAGAACUAUAAGAUCAUGAAAUAUCGAAGAGAUAUAAGAAUUUAAAUAAGAUGAUAAAUUGCUGACAAAAUGUUAUAAUGAUGAAGGUGGGAGCGGGAGAUGUGAGGAAGUCCAAAGAAAAUGUGAAAUUAUGUUAAGAUGAAUGUUAUAUUGUUUAUUACAUUUAUUCCUAUUGUAAAAUCCAAUAAAUUGCUUUAAAAAAAAAAAAAAAAGAAAGCACGUCAAAGUGCAAGUAGAUAAAUAGGUACCGCUCCGGCGGGAAGGUUAACGGUGUUUCCGUGCGCUGCUCUGGUUCGCCAGAAGUGGCUUAAUAAUGCUGGCCACAUGACCUGGAAGCUGUACGGCGGCUCCCUCGGCCAAUAAAGCGAGAUGAGCGCCGCAACCCCAGAGUCGGCCCCAACUGGACCUAAUGGUCAGGGGCCCCUUUACCUUUACCUUAGAAAACAAACAGAAAAACGACAACAUAAAUAUAUAUUGUCUACAUUACAAAAGGGGGGGGGGGGAGAAUCGUUAUUGUAGUUAACCAGACCUUAAUCUAAUAGGGUACUUAUAGAAACAAUUUUCAAAUACAGUGGUACCUCGGUUUUCGAACGUCUCCGUUGACAAACGUUUCGGUCUUCGAACGCCGUAAACCCGGGAGUAAAUGCUUCCGUUUUUGAACACGCCUCGGAAGUUGAACGGUUCCUGCUGAGUGCAUAUGUUAUUUUUCUCAAUUUUCUCUAUUAAAUUUGUCGGCCGACCUUUGCACCUUGGUUUUCGAACGUUUCAGGACUCAAAUGGUCUUCCGGAACAGAUAACGUUCAAAAACCGAGGUACCACUGUAUUGUUAAAUUUGUGUGCAAACGUAGACUUGCCGGGCCUUCUCAAAAUAAUUUGUAAGGGUUAGAACCAACAAUAGGUUUUUGUUGUUGUUAUUAGCCUAGUUAAUUAAUUCAUAAUUGGGUUAAUAUGUGACGGGGAGAAUAUGCCUAUCCUGCGAUUUUUCAGAUGCGAAAGAUAAUUUUGUACUGGAUGAAAAACUGUUUGGUAUAAUGCAGGUGUGGGAACCUUAGUCCUGGUAGGUGUUGCUGAACUACAACUCCCGGCAACAUGGUUAAUGGAUAGGGAAAAUCAAAGGUUCCCCACAGCUGGCAUACUGUACUGCAGUUGUGGCUAGAUGGAAAUGCCGAAAAUAUAUAAAUUUAUUUACCGGUAGUUGCAUUCCUCUCCCUGAGAUAUUUAUCUUGGCCUUGGGCACAUGCCACUCACUUUAAGCAGGGAAAACAUGUUAAACCAAUUGUAUUGCUUGUUUUGCAUGAUAAAGAGUCCAAUUUGAGAAACAUUCUCAGUGAAACAUGACUCUUUGCUUCUUUGUCUAGCCCAGCCGCAGAGAGUGGGUUUAGGUCUAAGAAGCUCUUUGUGCUUAAGUGGAAAUUAAGAGGAAACUUGAAUGGCAGCUGGGAAGGGGGGAGCAGAGACAGAAGCAGAGGGGAUCUGGAAGAACUUCAAUAUGCCCUCCCCUUUUUUAAAAAAGAACAAUCAUUUGCCUAUUUUUCUUUUAACUAAAAUAAGAUCUACGCAACCGGGGAGAGAAGAGGCUGAGAAGUUCUGAUACAGGGCACAGCCUGUUAGCCUGCCUCCCUGUGGCCACUUCAGGCAAUGCACCAAACUAUAGAAGUUCAGUGUUUUUGGUUUUAAGGACUGCGCUCACCACAUAAAAUGGCCAGAAAGGGCAGGGAAAAGUGUUAAAAAGAGAAACACCUUUGAUGGAACCUGGUCCCCCCUUCUUUUCAUACGUAAGGGAAGCAGUUAGCAAAUUUAUCCCACCAGUUUUGCAAACAUGUCUGUGGAAAGCCUACGUAGACCGUUAACGCCAUCAGAUUAUGUAAAAUGAUGUUAUAAUCUUAAUGCUAUGUUGGGGAUUUUUGGCAGAAGCUGUAUUAAAUUCAAUAUAAUUAAAAAAAAAAAGGUAGUACAUUGCGUCCAAUGUAUUAUCUGCUAAGCAUAUUUAUUACCUGCAAAGGCAGGGACGCCUAAAUUUUAUUCGAACAAUAACGAUGAAUUUAUCCAGUGUCGGAGAUGGGCUAGUAAGCUGUUACACUCCAAGGCACCAAACGUGGGUUGGAUUUUGCUAGUUUUAAACAGAAACUGUCAGCCUUGUAGAAGAAGGUGGUUCUUUUUAGAUUUUGGGUGUGUCCCCUUAAGCCAGACAUGGCCAGACCUGGCCCUCCAGCUGUUUUGGGACUACAACUCCCAUCUUCCCUAGCUAACAGGACCAGUGGUCAGGGAUGAUGGGAAUUGUAGUCCCAAAGCAGCUGAAGGGCCAAGUUUGGCCAUGCCUUAAGCAGGUGACAAGAGUGAAGAAGUAUCUCAAAUGUUUUGCAUGACUCCUGGAAAGACUGCCUGCCCGCCCCCCAAAAAAGUUUAACCAGGACAGCGGGAGGAAAGAGCUGGAGGGAGGACAGGUAAGACAAUGAAACAAACCUCCCGUUGCACUGAAGGUUGUUUGAUAGAGGAGAGGAAGAAAUGUAGCUCCAGGGCUGUAACCCCUGACUUGCUGGGCCUUGGGAGCAGAGCUUCUGGUUGUUUUACAAUUAUAUUCAGUACAGCUGGGGCCUUUUCUAAAUACUGGACUUCUUUGAGCCCCCCCCCCCCCAGUUAAAGACACUUCUAGGUGCCUGGAGACGAGCCAAACAUAGGUAUGAGCUCAAGUGUACUCUGUUGUGGUGAUGGUAACAAGAAAGCAACACUUUUUGCCACCAUUGCAUCUUCAAAGUUGCCUGGCAGAGCUCUUCCAGGUAUUUUGGAACCUGCUUCCAUUAAACCCAUCGGGAGAGAUGAAGUCCUGAUUCCACCCCCUCCAUCCUUGCCAGUACAGGUGUGCCCAAAGCACUGGCUGGUCCAGGUUUCUUAGAUGUUUCAGUUUUGGCAGCCUGAGGGCGUAGACAAGAUGCUUGCAGAGAUUUGCCCAGCCUCUUGCCUGUGAUUCUUGCCCAUCAUGGCUAGUUAUAUCCGGGAGAUAAUAAGGUCUAUUUGAGAGAGGGUUGGUCCUGGCUGUCUUGUAGGACGUGGUAGACUAACAUCUCCUUCGGUAAACCUAUUUGGAACCAGAGUGUUACAACCAUUCUUGUCUAGUUACAAAUUUCCCCUAAUUCAGUAGCUGGCUUGAGCGAGUGGCAGCUGGAUACAACUGAUGAGGUAGACCAGGGGUAGUCAAUCUGGUGCCCUCAAGAUCAUAUUGGACUCCCAACUUCCAUCUGUCCCAGCCAGCUUGGUCAGUGUGGUCAGGGAUGAUAUGAGCUACACCCAUGCAUGACUUUGACACCAAAAACAGCUCUGGUCAGCUUAAGACAGGCUUCCUCAACCUCAGCCCUCCAGAUGUUUUGAGACUACAAUUCCCAUCAUCCCCGACCACUGGUCCUAUUAGCUAGGGAUCAUGGGAGUUGUAGGCCAAAAACAUCUGGAGGGCAGAGGUUGAGGAAGCCUGGCCUAAGAGAUUACCUCCAUUGGGAGAGAGAUAGUUGUUGCAUCAGAGUCGUGGUUGGUUCACACCAGGUUGCCGGCACUAUUUAUCUUGGUGUAUCUACCAUUUCCCUCAGCUUAAGGGAACACACCCAAUUAAGCUUGUCAUAACAGAAGUUUCUCAUCUCCAAUGAAGGGAAACUAUUUAUUGGUUUUACUUCAGCCAGCUAAUUGCAUUGUGGGUUGGUGGUCUGGGCAGCCCAAGGAGCCUGGCGAUGGAUUCUGACGCCUGUUUAUUUAUCAAGUACAGAUUUCCUUCUAUCUGGCACCGUUUGUUCAUGAAAAUCAAAACAAUAGGACCUUCUUUAUGGCGUUGUGCUUUGCACAGUUGGAUGGGGAAUUUGGGGCAUAUUUUCAUUUUUAAAAGUUUUACAUAUAACCGUUUUUAAAAUGCUCCAUCUCAAAUCACUGUGCAAGUAAACACAAUCCAGUGUUUCAAAGGGUGUCUUUAUAUAGAAAUAUACAUACAUAACUCCUUGGGAUCCCUUCAUUUGAAAGACGUAACGAUGAAACUUCAGGCCUUCAAAGAGUCAGGGUAGGUGUGAAUUGAAAGAAGGGUCCCAGAGUUAUGUGUGGAUUGAUCAAAAAGCAGUUCUGUCCCCGGAAUGAGGACCUGGUACUCGCAAAACAAAACAUAUAUGUGCUGUCAGCUCCAAAAUUUAUGCUGCUGUCAAACCAGCUGUUAAUCAGUCCUUUCACAUUUAAUGAAGAUAUUCCAUCCUUAAUAUUAAAAAAGACUUUAGUCUCCUAUUAAGAGGAGAAAAGCUACACAUUUCUUGAAAGAAGGAGUAAUUUUAUACUAUUACAAAACAUGUGUUAAAAGCAUACAUAUAUUUAAAACAGGGUUGAUGUCUCCAUCAUGUACAGCAAUUGGUGUGGUGAUCGGUAUUUAACCAUGAGUAUGAACCUGAAAUUCAAAUUUUGCAUAAAAAUGUACAAUGAUGACAAACAUCAAUGCUCUAAAUGCAAAUCAAAUCACAAAAGUCUUUAUUUAAAAUAUUACAAGGCUUGGCAAGAGGGAAUAUUAGCUGGAUCGUGGAUAUGUUCCUCUGGUUCCCAGGGUAGUUCUCUGGUCCCUUAGUAGCAACUCUUUAACAAAAUUGCCAUUUAUUUGAACAGCUUUGUGAAGAAAAAUUUUACUUGGAAAUAAAAGUCGCCUCUUAUUUCCUCUGAAAAAGUGAAAAACCGUCAAUUGGAUAAUGUAAGAAUUGAGAUUGCUUCAAAACAAGCAGUUAUCGGAAUCAAGCCUAUGGAAAUCAAUAUGAUUCUGCAGCUUUCUGAAAGGAAACCAUCCCGAUUAAAGAUGGAACGGUUUAGAUUUUAGUUCUCUUCUAGGCCUAAUUAGUAUGAGCACAGCAGAGGGCCUUUUCCUUGUGCUCUGUGAAAAUGCUUAAAGGUGAUUUGGUACUGUAGAAAUAUUCAGUGUGGCGCUUUUUUUGUCAUUGUACUGGCUGAUUUCACCACCACUGAAAUUUUCUUUCACCAGCUGCCUACUGCGUAAUGUAAAAAGGAUAAUACUUUGCAUCUUGUCCAGGAGUUGAACCAAACAAAAUUCAACAGUGCCUUCUCUUGCUCAGGGUUUUAAUUCUCUUACUUAUUCUGAAAUUCCUCCCUCUCCGCCCCCCUGUUUUUUAAACAGCGCAAGACUGAAAAACAGCAGCAAACAGAUCUGCGUCGAUCCCAAGUUAAGGUGGAUUCAAGAAUAUCUGGAGAAAUACCUGCACAAGUAAGCCGAGAAAGGACUUAAACCUAAACGCACCCUGGGUAAAACAAAACAAAAAAGCAAAACAAAAAAACGUGCUGAUGGCUAGGUCUAACCAAGAUGGAUCGAGUUUUCAUUGAAAACAGGCCUUGCUCUCAUUGGGGGCGUUUUAAGAGAUUUCGGUAUUUGGGGCCAGAGAGAUGCUUGCUGAUUGGGUCCCAACGAGACCACGUUUGUUCCGCGUCCCUCAGGCAAUUCUGACAAUCAACAUUAAUUCCUUCACUUUGCUCCCCGGUUUGAACGCGUUGAUUGACCCAGCCUGUGGUAUCCGAACGCUGACGAUUGAUUGCACAUUAGAUAAGCACUAUUCCUAAACUGAUCCAUGAGCCAUGUGUUGCAGAGAGGGGUGCCAUGGUGGGCUUGGGCAGCAGCCCGGGUUGUGGCAUUCAUCACCUUUGCAAUGGAUCUGAACUGCUUGUUUCCACUGCGGACCAAACCCUACAGGCAAAAGGGAAUUAAAGGGGCUCCUUUGGCGUUUGACAAAUAUGCUCAGUGAGGUAAAUUUAGGGGGAAUGUUUGAGGCAGCCACUAGGUUCAGGGCAAGCCAAAUCUUUUCCCGCUCUCACCUUAAUUGUAACAUCACAGCUUUUCAUUAAACCAUACUCACAAGCUCAUAGCUCUCUGCUUGAGGUUUAUUUACACUGCUUCUCUUUUCGUCUCCUCUCUUCUCUGGGAUUGGGUCCGGAUAAUGCAGGGAUGAUUGAGCCGCUGAGUCCCCGCAGACCACUAUCAACAAUUAGAAUGGUCUCUUUGAAUUAGAAUGCAAACUGCAAAUGUGAUGUGUCAGUUAUGGAUCAGGAUUAUAUUCUUGGCCCUUGAUAAGUUGUUACUGCAGCCUUCAGCCAAUCAACUUAAGAGUUUGAGAUCAUGGCUGCAGUGCUGUCAAGCUUUCUCGAAUCCUUUGCAUAGUCCAUCUUGCCCCUGGACUGAGCAUGGAAGCUUUUACUGAGCUCUCCUGGGAUUCCGCCCUCAACUGCUCCCAUGACCAGUUGAUUUCUGAUUUAAGGGACACCUGGAAGAUUUUCAUUUUUACCAGUAAUGUUUGGGCCCAGGUUGUACCUGUGGACAAGACAGGCUCCGGAGAAAUUAUCUCGUGUGAAUGUGGCCUGUCGGGAAGGUUUAGUGCAAUCCGCCAGGAGCCCUUGCAGUAGCUCAGUUUCAAAAGGGCUUGCACAAAAGAUGUCCCUGGAGGAUGGUGCCCUUUUGAGCUCCUGUUUUGAACACCCAUUUUGCCCAUCUGCACAGUACUGAAUUUCCUCUACAUUCCAAAGAAGCUUAUUUCAGAGCACACUUGUUAUCUGUCAAUCAGUUUAUAAUCUCUGAAUUGCAGCCACCAGCCUAUGGGCAGUUUAAAGGCUGCCUUGCCCGUAAAGGAGUGUUAAAUGAAUAUCUACAGUUAUAUCAAUGUGGUUUAUCAAUAGUUUCUAUUUUUCACAUGUACUAACAUUGUAUUGCAUAUCAUACUAUAUAUAUAAAUAUAUAUAUAUAUAUUAUAUACACACACUCUAGCAAUAAAAGCGGCUAUUUUUUAUAUUACAAAAGCCCAGUUGUAUUUGGAAGUUUAUUUUUCUGAAAUAAAAUACUUUUUUUAGACGGGCUGUUGUAAGUUGCUUAAAUUUCACGUCCGUAUGUGUCUGAAUGUGUGCGUGAGAGACCAUCCAAAGAUCUCUUAGGCAGAGAUUGCUUGUUGAAUGUGUGGUGAACUAAGGACAUGUAGUUACAAUGUGAAGUGAAAGCGUCUUGCCAGGAAAUAACUUUUGUUGCUCACUAACUGCUUACCUUUUUCUUACUACUCUCCCAAGCGCUACUAGGGAUGAACGGCAGCAAUGACAAUGUCCAAAACAAUAAAAAAAUAAAAUAAAUGCAGAGUCAUGCACAUCUCUUGGUUGUGUCAUGGUUCUCCUCACUAGUACAGUGGAACCUUGGUUCUCAAAGGGCUUAGUUGACGAACAAAUCGUCUCCCGAACGCCAAAAACCUGGAAGUAGGUGUUCUGGUUUUUGAACGUUUUUCGGAAGCCGAACAUCCAACGUGGCUUCCGUUUGAGUGCAGGAAGCUCCUGCAGCCAAAGGGAAGCCACGCCUUGGUUUUCAAAUGGUUCUGGGAGUCGAAUGGACUUCUGGAAUGGAUUAAGUUUGAGAACCAAGGUUCCACUGUACUUGUAGGACAAAAUUAAGUAUGGUAUGCAAACCAAGUAAUUGUUCUGCCCAGGAUCUCUUUUCUGUAUGGAAAUUGUCUUAACUUGCCUGUCUUGGCAGUUUUAUUUCGUUGUUGUUGCCAUUUAAGACAGUGGUGUGCAGUCAGUGGACGAGGGGGACCAGGCUAGUUCCCUAAAUGUUUCCGCCCUCCCACUACCUUCCCAAACCCCACCCGGCUUUGGGAAGGAGGCAGCAGAGCUCAGGCAUCCUAUCAGGGGCCUGACACCUCCUUCCCAAAGCCUGGGAAGCUUCUGUCCUGCUUAGGGAGGGAGACACGAUGCUCACUCACGGGACAUCCUCGCAAGCUGGCGCCUCUGGCCCUAACCGUCCCCCUACGAAAAAUUUCACCGCAUGCCACUGAUUUAAGACCCCAUCCCUAAGGUGCAGGUUGGGUAACAACAUUUUCUGAUUUUAUUCAUGUAAAAAUCAACCCGGCAAAUUUCACCCAAGGGGUUGGCUUCUGGUCGGCUGCUGUGCACAAUUUUUAUGCUGUUAUGUUCCAUGCCAGGGACGCGGGUGGCGCUGUGGGUUAAACCACAGAGCUUAGGACUUGCUGAUCAGAAGGUCGGUGGUUCGAAUCCCCACAACGAGGUGAGCUACUGUUGCUCGGUCCCUGCUCCUGCCAACCUAGCAGUUUGAAAGCGCGUCAAAGUGCAAGUAGAUAAAUAGGUACCGCUCCGGCGGGAAGGUAAACGGCGUUUCCGUGCGCUGCUCUGGUUCACCAGAAGCGGCUUAGUCAUGCUGACCAGCUGUACGCCGGCUCCCUCGGCCAAUAAAGCGAGAUGAGCGCUGCAACCUCAGAGUCGGUCACGACUGGACCUAAUGGUCAGGGGUCCCUUUACCUUUAUCAUGUUCCAUGCCAGUACUGCAAUUCAUUAUACCUUGGAAGUCGAACAGCCUAGUUCUCGGAACGUUUUGGCUCCGGAACAAUCGAAACCCGGAAGUGACUCUUCCAGUUUUCAAACGUUCUUUUGGAAGCUGAACGUCCGACGGGGCUUCUCUUGCUUCCGAUUGGCUGCAGGAACUUCCUGCAGCCAAUCAGAAGCUGCGCUUUGGUUUUCGAACGUUUUCGAAGUGGAACGGACUUCUGGAACGGAUUCCAUUCGACUUCCAAGGUAAGACUGUAUAAGGAAUCAGGUCCUCACUUAAAACUUACUAACCUGUGGAUACCUUUUAUGGAAAUAAUAAUAAUAAUAAUAAUAAUAAUAAUAAUAAUAUAAUAUACCAGCACCACUACUACUACACUAUUAAUGUACAUGCUGCUUUAACCCCCAAACCCAACGAUGGCCUUUCACUCUACUAAGCCUAUCUUCUAAAUUUCAAGAAUUAGAGAGAUGGUGAAGGUAAGGAAGAGAGCUCCAGGUAACCAGAGAUUGCUUUGUUUGGGUUGAGGCCAGAAGUUUCGCGGAAAAGGUGUGGGUUUGAGGGAGUCUUUGAAGCGACAUCUGUCAUGAGGGACUUUAGUUUCAGGUGCUGCCCUGAAGUGCCUCAGUUUUGCCUGAGUCAAUCCGUGAACCAGAUUCUGAGGACCACCAUACUUGACGUGACAUGGGGGAGACGUGAACAGCCUUCCAGCUUUUCCAGAGGAUGGGGAGGGGCAGCCGGGGGGAGAGGGAUGCUUAACCCUUUUCCCCAUGCGAUGCUUUCUCCAUCAAAAUAAUCUUCCCUACGUGGUUUUCUCCCUCCUGCCCCUAAAUUCAUAGGCCGUGAGGAUGCACUGAAGUAAAAAACAAAACUCCCCCAAACUGUCAAGAUACUUCUACCCUCAUCAGUUUGACUUGGUCCUGAGAAUGCAUAUUCCUGGGUUCAAAGUAAGGCAGAAAAAAUGAGCAAGGGUUUCACCUGAGAAGGUACCUCUCUUGUUCAUCACUGUUUACAAAGCUGGUUAAAUAAGAAGCAAGAGGGCAGAGUAUCUUCGGAGGAACAGCACUGUUGUCAGCGUGGAUUGCACCAGGGAAAAACCCACGUCAGUCUUUUUAGAGACCAAUUAACACCCAAGAUCUGCCAGGUUGACCAGAGUUUGGAAUAGGUGGGUCUCAGCUCAGCUCAUCCAGAGAUAGCUGCCAUAAGUCUUCCAUCUCGGCUCAGAUGGGGCUAAGCCAAUAUGGCGGUAAGUCCCGAAAAGGUGGCAGUUUGUGGGAGUGUGGUGGUGACAGGACAAGGCAGGAGGAGACUAACCCCUUUUUUCAGCUCAGUUAUGUGGCCGAGUAAGGCUGUGAAAGUGGUACUUUGGUAGUAAAAUGGCCUAGCUCCCCAACAAAUUGACUCCUGAACACUGCAAACUCAGAAAUUAGUGUUCUGGUUUGCGGACAUUUUUCGGAAGCCAAAUGUUUGACGCGGCUUCUGAUUGGCUGCAGGAAGCUCCUGCAGCCAAUCAGAAGCCGUGCCUUGGUUUUCGAACCAUUUCGGAAGUCGAACAGACUCCCGGAACGGAUUAAUUUCAAGAACCAAGGUACCACUGUACUGGCAAGAUGGGUUGACAAAUUAUAUCUUAGUUUUCCCUCUGCCAAACUUAGGGCAGCUCAGCCAGCAAUAGCUGAGUUUUGAACAGCCACAAGGCACACCAAGCAUAAUUUGCCCAGGUGUAAAUUACACCAGCUUCCUAAAGUUUGCUUUGUUCUGCACCCCUAUAUUAAAGAAGAGGCUGCCUAGAAAGGGUUUGUGGUCAGCUUGCUUCAAAGGGAUGCUUGUUUUGCUGUUCAGAAUGACUUUUUUCUUCAGAGAAAGACAUGCAUAAAGAACCAGGUAAGUCACAAAGGCGUACCUGCCUAGCCAUUCCUUACUGCACCGAUGGAGGCGAGAGGCAAGGAUGUGCCUUCCUCGAGAACCUGCUUAGCGGUAGCGUUUUUUGCUCAUUUGGUUUUUUUCUCCAGCUUUUGGGGCCCUUUCUAAGCUCAUGUUUCAACCCAAGCCCAUGGGCAGCUGCACCCUUCCGCACCCCCCCUCACAGACCUUGCGCACAACUGUUGACCUGUUCCUGAUGUGGACCGGGCCACAAAUCCAAUUCUGGCCUUAGAAGAUGCUCAGAGUGGGGGGCGUCUUAAAACCAGACUUCUAGAGAUGCAGAUAAGAGAAAGAGAUGGUGCUGUGACCAGAAACACCCAUAUAUCUCCUGCCUCAACAGUACAACGGGAACGUCGCUAGUUUAUGGGAUAGAGGUUAAGGAGCAUCUCACUCCUUAUUCAGUGACAUACCCAGCUCUAUCCUGAAGUGUCCACAUUGCUUUCUGCCGUGCAGUCCCACUUACAGUGCUGAGAUGAAUCACACUCUCCAGAACACCCUGGACUGAUGCUUCCCUCCUCACAGAAAUACCUUUGGCGGUGUGUUUUGUAUGCCUUCUACUCAGUGCUGUUCUUCCAGAAAAAGAGGUGCUAGAACUCACCGUGUUCUCUUAUACAGUGGUACCUCGGGUUAAGUACUUAAUUUGUUCCGGAGGUCCGUACUUAACCUGAUACUGUUCUUAACCUGAAGCACCACUUUAGCUAAUGGGGCCUCCUGCUGCUGCCGUGCCACCGGAGCACGAUUUCUGUUCUCAUCCUGAAGAAAAGCUCUUAACCUGAAGCACUAUUUCUGGGUUAGCGGAGUCUGUAACCUGAAGCGUAUGUAACCCGAGGUACCACUGUAAUGGCAACGGUGCCCACCUGAGAGGUGCCGGAACUGAGUUCCAGUGAGUUCCGGCUGAAAAAAGGUCCUGGUUUUACUGUUCCCUUCAUUAUGUGACUUCAGAUGAGCACAGCUAACCCUGGAACUGGAGAACAGCAGUCUCCCCAUAAAAGGCUUUUUCUUCACGUUUUGUAAAUAGCAGCUGCAUGCCCACGUCCUCGGCAGGCCACAUACACUGCCGUGUGCGUCCAGAUCAGCCGGCAGUUGCUUCCUUACAGGCCUACCAUCUUCCCUCAGACCCUUCCCUUAACAGACUCUCACUCUGUUCUUUAUCAACAGGAGAUUCAAGAUGUAA